AUCGCUUUUGACAACUGGAAAACAAAAACGUGUUACGAAUUGGAAUUCGAAAAGAGAGAGAAACAGACAAGGCGAAUGAGGAGAAGACCGCAAAAGGCAGCGAAGCGAGCGUGGCUUAAAGAACGAGUGAGCAAAACAAACGGGCCGAGGGAAAAGAUAAAAACAACGACGUUUCAAGUGAAAGUCGAAUACAAACACAGAAAAGGAGAAGGCGAACAGCAAAUUGGUUAUUUCUGACGCGUUAACACGGCUUGAAACCGCUGGAACUUGAAGUCAGGCGCCGAGCAAUUGGAGUCCGCGGCAGUCAGUUGGCCAAGAUCGCGCGAGAGGCUUAGACACGUAGCACUCACUAACCCAGUAACCAGAGGUUCAGAUCGGUCUUUACUAAGUGAUCGAGUAAAUAUAUAUUAAACCACCGCCCGGGAAACGUGCGAAAUUGCCACCUGACCGCUCAAAAGUUUGGUAACACCGAGGUAACAUCAGUUCCCAGCAUUGUAGCAGCCACAAGAAUAUAAAAUUGAAUUGAUAGAUUGCCCGAAGAUAGCCCAGGUGAAACUAGAGAAUCACGAUCGAAUCGAUCGUUUUGCCAGCUAUGUCGGAGGCUGCCACGCCCCCAGGAUCUGGACCUGAACGAGGAUCGGUAUUUCCACCUGGUUUCGAUCCCACCGCCGAAUCGGCAGAGAAGACGCUGUGCUUUCGUGGCUUUUGGGCCUGGGCGGUGCUGAUUCUUCUGAUCGCCAUCUGCGUUUCGGUCUUCAUGUGGCUGCUGCGCAAGUGCAUCCAAGGUCCCGCCUACCGGAAGGCCAAUCGCAUCGAUGGCAAGGUGGUGAUCGUCACCGGCUGCAAUACGGGCAUUGGCAAGGAGACGGUCCUGGAACUGGCCAAACGGGGCGCCCGGGUCUAUAUGGCUUGCCGGGAUGCGGGACGCUGUGAGGCCGCCCGGCUGGAGAUCAUGGAUCGCAGUCACAAUCAGCAGCUGUUCAAUCGCACCUUGGAUCUGGGCUCCCUGCAAUCUGUACGAAAUUUCGUUGAGCGUUUCAAGGCAGAGGAAUCGCGAUUGGAUCUACUGAUCAAUAAUGCCGGCGUAAUGGCCUGUCCCAGGACCUUAACCACCGAUGGUUAUGAACAGCAAUUUGGAGUCAACCAUCUGGGACACUUUCUACUGACAAAUCUUCUCCUGGAUCGAUUGAAACAAAGUUCGCCAAGUCGAAUUGUGGUGGUCAGUUCGGCGGCACAUCUAUUUGGACGGAUCAACCGGGAGGAUUUGAUGAGCGAGAAGAAGUACGGCAAGUUCUUCGGCGCCUAUAGUCAGUCCAAGCUGGCCAAUAUCCUGUUCACCUGCAAGCUGAGCUCGAUCCUUAAGAAUUCGCGGGUAACGGUGAACUGUUGCCAUCCGGGCGUGGUGCGCACGGAGCUGAAUCGCCACUUUGCCGGACCCGGCUGGAUGAAGAGCGUGUUGCAGACGGGAUCCCUGUACUUCUUCAAGUCCCCGAAAGCGGGGGCCCAGACCUCGCUGAGAUUGGCCCUGGAUCCCGGAUUGGAGGGAUCAACUGGUGGCUACUAUUCAGACUGCAUGCGUUGGCCCUUGGUUCCCUGGGCUCGGAAUAUGGAAACCGCCGACUGGCUGUGGCGAGAAAGUGAAAAACUGGUGGGACUACCGCCGAUGGAACCACCGCCGCCUAACCAAAACCAAAACCAAAACCCAACCCAAAACAGUAAUGGCACCCAAAAUGGUAAUGCUGCCAAUGGAAGUCGGGAAAUGCAGUCCGUCGAAACAGUCGUGGUCAACCGUUCGUAAUCAUAGUCAAAGGUCCUUGAGACAAAGGGUUCCAUCCAGUACGGACCUUGCUCUUAAUUUAUUCCUUAAUAAUAUUGCGUGUUUAAGUGCCCUUGGGAAGAGACUGCAAACAAUCAACAGUCGCAUUCGAAAUGGGGCCAAGUCCGUCUGGUUUUUUACCCAGCAAAACUCUGAUUUUGAAUGCUUGCUGCAGAUUCUCAUCCUCUUUUAAGGAAGAUCUUAAAUUAUUUAAUUGUAAAAUAUUUGAAAUUGUCAAAUAGGAAAAAAACGUAAUUUUUAGAUUCAUUGGGUUUUCUUCCUUGAUUGGUUUUUGGAAAUUACAAUUUUUUUAAAUUUAUUUAAGACUUCGCUCAUCGAAGUUAGCAUUUUAAUACUCUUUUUUUUUUGUUUGUUUCUGUACAUAAUUUUAAGCAAAGGAAAACCCAUUAAAAAUAAAAGUUAAGCCUG